UGAGAAGAAAAUGCAAGAGGAGAUCCAAAAUCCAGAAGAAGUAGAAGAAGAAAGAGACACGGAGCUCGAGCUGGUCAAAGAAGAGGAUGAACCGUGUUUCAAGGUCAAAUAUCUAUCCUUAUCAUUCUUUGAGGUACCCCCAACAGUUCUAAAAACUUCGAGGGAAACUCAUAAAAUUGAAAAGGAUAAAGACAUUUUUGAAAUCUUCACCAAAAUUAAGAGAUCAAAACAUUUUCCAUUGAUCAUGUUAAUCGAUAAUUUCUUUCCCUCACUCUCACCACAUGAAUCAAUGGAAAUCUGGAUAUUUGAUCCUGGAAAGAUUUUCGAAGUGAAGAGUCAAAAUAAUUAUCAUGAUCCAAGCUUGAACGAUUGAACACAAUGAUGGCAUCGUGCCACGACGUUAAAUGAGGCACUUCUUGGGAGGCAACCCAAGCAAAGGACAUCAUUUAAUCUCUUGAAGUUGAAAAGAGGAGAUGAGCAUAGAAGGCCAUGAAACCCAAGAAGAUAUUAUUCUUUGAGCUAAACACUCAAUGUAAAACUCAUAUGUUAUCCUUGGUGGUUUUUUGCUUUUUCUGGUUGAUUGUUGAACUUUUGAGGACUUGGAAGUGUUAAAAGUUUGACUUUACUCGAGGACGAGUAAAGAAGCUAAGUGUGGGGG